UGCGCUUUAUACGCAAAGAAUACAGAUUGUGAUCAUGUGCUUUGCGACCUAUCUACUCGCCAUGACGGGUUGACAACGGAGUGUCGACUUACAGGUAGUUCGCAUUACACUUUUAUUGUGUAAACGUCACACUCAUAUUUGUUCAUUUUACAAUCGUUAAUCCUCUUGAAGAUGGCUCGUUUCAACUUCCUCACAAGGCUAACGCCAUAAGGUAUAUUAAGAUAAGGGCUCACAAAGUGCGCGCGAUCAGUGCGACUCCGCCGCGCGGCGUGCUCGCGGAGACCGCUCCCCAGAAUGUUUUUAAGAAAGAUCAGAUGCUCGGACCUGUGGGUGUCGUCGCACGACAAGUCGAGCGACUUCUACUUGUGCGCAUGGCAGCGGGGCGCGUCGCCGUGGCCGCUGCUGUGGGUGCGGGCGGCGCUGGCGGCGGCGGGCGCGGCGGUGCUGGCGUGGUCGCUGGCGGGCGGCGGCGGCGCCAGCCCGCGCUGGCCCAUCUACCUCACCAACUGGGGGCUGCUGCUGCUGGAGGGCGCGGCGCUCGCCGGCCUGCUCGUGUCCUGCCGCGCCGUCUGCAGGAGACCCCCAGAAGAAUCGACGACAGCAUGGAUGUCGCUGUACUGGGUGUUGUUCAACGUGGCGCAGACGGUGGCCCUCGCCAUCACCGUGCUGUACUGGCUGCUGCUGUACGACCCCGAGACGACGGUGUACCCCACGGCGGAGGCGCUGGGGCGCGACGUGGCCACGCACGCGCUGAACUCGGCGCUGACGCUGGCCGAGCUGCUGGCGGCGCGCACGCCGGCGCGCGCGCUGCACGCCUGGCAGCCGCUGCUGCUGGCUACAGCCUACGCCGCCUUCAGCGCUGUCUACUACGCAGCCGGCGGCACUAAUAUUUUCGGCGAGUCGUUUAUCUACCCGGUGCUGGACUGGUCGACGCCGGCGGCGGCGGGCGCAGUGGCGGGCGCGUCGUUGGCGGGCGCUCUGGUGCUGCACGUGCUCGUGUGUGUGCUGGCGCGCGCGCGCUCCGCCGCGGCCACGGCGCUAAUGCGGCCGGGGGACCGGGACCUCGACUCGGCGACUCGGCUACCUUGAGAGCUAUGGAACGAGAACUCGCAUGUAUACGAUGUGCCUUUAUAUUAAUUCAUUAAGCUUGUGUACGUCUGUUCGUACCUAACUGCGUCACCCGCUGUUGGCGGAGGGCGCAGGCGCCGGUCGCGCGCGCGCACGCGCUGCUCAACUCCGUGCUCGAGCCACAGCCGGCGGCGUGUGAUCUGUUUGUAAAUGCGUUGAGGCGACUGAUGCAAUAGUAUUAGAAAGAAAGAUGCCUGAAAGUACUAUAUCAUAAUUGUAUCUAAAAAUUGUUUAAUUUGUUCUAAUUUGUGCCACGUUGGCAAUAGCUGUAAGGACAACUUGUAAUUUGAAUUUAUAUAAUAGAAUAAAAUAGUAGUACCUACUACUUAUACUAUGUACAUACAAUAUUCAUUAAUAUAUUAUUUUUAAAACUGAAAACUUAGGCGCAAUUGCGUGGCAUGAUUUUGUAUCUAAUAGAAUUAGAAAGAUUACUCUUUCUGAUAACAUUCUGAAAAAGUAUUGUUUGCUAGAUAGGCAUGUUUAUUAUGCAACAUAAAACGGAACGUACGUAAAAAAAUUACCGAAAAAACCUCGCGUGAUUUGUGCACAAGCCCAAAUCAGCCAUGGGUCUUUCAACAGGACUCAGCGCCUGCAGAUAAGGCAAAAACAACUCGAGCCUGGCCGCGUAGCCAACGUUACAAUCGUUAACGCUCCGUAGCGUAUCGUAGUCAUUUCUCUCUAUUACUCUUCUUUAUUAAAGCGACUGUGACAGUUGCGUUUCGUUCGCCACGGAGCGUAAACGAUAUGCACGUUGGCUACGCGGGCUGGUUUCGGGACAGAAGGAACAAAAUUGACUUUAUCGCCCACGAAGACUGGCCGUCCUCCAGCCCGGACCUUAACCCCUUGGAUUAUGCCAUAUGGCAGGUUAUUGAGGAGAAAGCCUGUGCUAAACCCCACACAAAUCUUGACUCCCUAUAGCGGGCCAUAGUUAAGACAGUGACGGAAUUAGACAUGACAAUCGUGCGUGCCGCUAUUGAUGGCUGGCCUCGUCGUUUGAGGGCCUGUGUCAAGGCCAGAGGAGGCCAUUUUGACUGAUAUUGUCACAUGCAAUUUCUGAUUUUGUGUACUUCAUUUUAAUAUACAGUUUAUUCAACUUUCGUUCGUAUAUUUUAUGUAGAUAAAGAUUAUUGCAGUAGGUAACAUAAUUUAGUAACCAACUAGGUAUAAUACGAAUUUGAACAUAAGUACAAACGUAGUAUUAGCAAGUUGCAUAUCCCAAAUACAACAUGUCAAUUGCCUCCGAUUCCAAUUGAUCUGUCAAUUCAUUAGCUCUAGGAAUUGUCUUUAUAUUCACAAUUGACUGUCAGAGAUAUCAGAACACAGCAGCAUCGAGGAUGUUGUAAACGAUACCUGCGUCACACACGAUUAUCGAUAAGUAUUUAUUGUCGCGGGAUUAAGCCGCCUGUCGCAGAUUUUAUUAUAAAUCAUAAAAAUAAAAUAAAAAGCCUUUUAUUUCGUGCAAAGAAUAAAAGUUACAUAAUUUUUAAGGUGAGAGAAAACUAAAAUUAAUUUAAAAAGUAAAAUAGUAUGUGUUUUCUUUUUUUAUUGUUGCACGAACCCCUCCUCUUAGGUGAAGGUGAAAACCUCCUCUAAAGAUUUCCAUUUUUCUCUGUCCUGAGCUAUUUGUGGCCAGCAGGGCCCCGCUACGUUUAUGAUGUCGAGGUCUCGCUCUCCGACGCUUUCCCAGUGGGCCCUUCCAUUUCGUUACCCUGCUAGUCCAUCUCUCGUCCUUGAGCCUUGCUACGUGCCCUGCCCACUUCCAUUUUUGUGUUUUAGCGUAAGUUAAGGCAUCCUUAGCUUUGGUGAUAUUUCUAAUUUUUGUGUGACUUUUUUUGUUUUUUUUUUUUAAUAUUAAGCAUGCUUCAUGCCUAGCGGUAAGAGCGUGCGACUUGCAAUCCGGAGGUCGCGGGUUCGAACCCCGGCUCGUACCAAUGAGUUUUUCGGAACUUAUGUGCGAAAUAUCAUUUGAUAUUUGCCAGUCGCUUUUCGGUGAAGGAAAACAUCGUGAGGAAACCGGACUAAUCCCAACAAGGCCUAGUUUACCCUCUGGGUUGGAAGGUCAGAUGGCAGUCGCUUUCGUAAAAACUAGUGCCUACGCCAAAUCUUGGGAUUAGUUGUCAAGCGGACCCCAGGCUCCCAUGAGCCGUGGCAAAAUGCUGGGACAACGCGAGGAAGAAGAAGAAUAUUAAGCAUGCUUCGUUCUAUUCCACGUUGGCAAGUAAUAAUUUUGUUUUUAAUUUUCGAUGUAUACCAGAUACCAGUAUUUAUUUCAAGUAUUUUGUGCUCUCAGAUUUUAUUAGGUGGUAUUAAGUAGGUAUUUAUUACUGUGAUGGAUAAUUAAAUAAAACUUAUUUUUAAAUCGAAAA